AUCACCUCCAACCACGAUCACAGCUCCGUCCGUGGCUGUGGAUCUUUCGCUUUCAUUAGUGUUGCGAGGUGUUUUGUUUUGGUGCGGCGGCACACUCUACGGACGACAGGUGUCGUGGGCGCAAUUCGUUCGCUCGGCUUGCUAAUCGAAUUAGACCCGACGGUCGCAACGCGUCGCAAACAAACGCCCCGCGGGAAUAUCGAACACGGCUGUUGGUGUUCUCGCUGGCUGCUGGACAUUCUGCCGAAAAGGCACGCCAUUCAUAAAGCCGAAUCCUAAGUGAACGGCGGAUCGCGACCGCCUCAUCAAGUACGGGAUAAGACUCCGCGAAAAUAUGGAGCAACCACCGGCAACGCGGCGUCUAACGCGCGACGAAUCCGAGGACAGUCCGGUCGAGUUCGUGGUGGUGGAGUCGGACGUAUCGAUGUCCGAUGCGGGGCUCAGCUCGCCGGAGAAGAAAGCGAAGAAGAAGCGCAGUGGCCUAUCGUUCAAGAAACUGCGCAGCAAUGCGCAAAAGCUUAUUCCGAAGCGGGGUCGAAAGGAUUCGUCGUCGAAAUCGUCCGAGACAAGCUCUCUUGGUGGUGAUUCGGGCAUGGUGAGUGGCGGUACGGAUGACUUGCUUCCGGCCACCCCUUCCCCGCCACCUCCUGCUUCACCAACGGGGACAGAGACGUCUUUCGACACCGUGCUGAAAUCGACCGAAAGCCUACCGGCAAUCAAGGAGGAUCCGGUGCGUGAGGCAGCGCUUCUUGGUGCACGCUCGGACGAGGACAUACUGUUGGAUGGAAAGGACAAACAGCGGCAGAAAAAAGCGCGCAAGCCAAGUCGCGCGGCUAGUUUCAUGAAGAAGUUGGCUGGUCGUUCCAAGUCGUCGAAGGUGGCACCAAACCCGGAGGGAUCGUCGGUAGCCGGUGGAGCUUCAGAGGGCGACGAAAUAUCGUCCGGAACGCUGGAGACUCCGCUGAGCAUCAAGCGCCAAACCCCGGAAGGUGCCAUGUUUGUCUCGGGUGCUGAGCUGUACCAAGAUGGUGACCGGGACGAUGGAACUUCGGUGGAUCCACCAUCGCCGAUUUUGGUGCGGCAGCUCGAUUCCGAACCGACGGCACUCAGGGCCAAACGGACUGAAAUGAAAAUCACGCUCACACGCAGCCUGGCUAAACCGUCGACGAUGGAAACCUCCCUGGACGGCGAAAACACUGAUGUGAACGGGAUGCGAAGCAACGAUGGAGGCAUGAGCAAUGGUCUGAACGUCGCUCGGAACGCGGCGGCUGAGAACAGGGAGCUUGCAAUCGACUCUAAACCAAUUAGCUCAGACAUCGUUUCUGUUCCGACACCGAGGGUAUCAAUCGGGAUUGAACAAUCGCCGCAGUUGAUCGCAGCCGUUCGUACGCAACAGUCAUCGUCAUCCACGUCAUCCGUUGAUGCGCGUCUGUCCAGUCUGCUGAGCGGCGACUACAUCGCGGAGAUCAAUAAGUUUUCCAUCGAGAACAUUACCAACGCCAGCGCGGGUUUAGUAGCAGGAGGAGGAGGAGGAGCGGGAGGAGAAGGAGUAGCAGAAUUGCCACCCUUGCCGCAGCCGCGUGCAUCGUUGUCGAUUCGGGAGCGAUUCUUCCAGCAACCGGUAGUGACGAACGAGUCAGCCUCAAAUUUUGAUUCCCAGGACGUUGCACCACCGUCGUCGGUUGUCGUCGACGAGGAAAUAGACGGUUUUAUGAGGAAAGCGAGAGGAGCGAGUUCGGCCACCGGAUCCGGAGGAUCAGCGCGUUCGAAAGGGGGCAGCAAGAGCCCAGCGACGGUUGACAAACCUACAGCGGGCGCCGCCAGUGGGCAGCAGCAAGACUUGUCGUCGUCGUCGGCCUCAUCGUCGACGUCGGCAAGUAAGGCAGCUUCUACGGUACGUACACAGGAAGCGGCUAAACCAUAUCAGCUGGGUAACAGCCUAAAGAAUCCCAACAAUUCUGGAUUUAAAUCGAUCGAACAGCAGCAGCCGGUCGACCAGCAGCAGCAACAGCAGCCGCAGGAUUCAGUGCCAGUGAACGUCGGUGUGGACAACGAGGGGACCUCGGAGAAGCAGCAGAACAAGGAACAGGGCGACACCAUCCCAACCGAACCGACAAUAGUUUUCGAUAUCGGAACACAGGUACGCCCGGACAGAACCUCCACUAUCGUUAAGCCUGCCGGCGGUCGCUCGGUGGCCACAACGCUUGCCGUACCUACCGCGGGACUGGAGAGCGGUGCCCAGUCGGGGACAUUUGCCUCGAUCGGUAGCACCUCACGCUCGCUAGAGGAGCUGAUCGGCGUUGGAGGUGGUGGUUCGUACGACGACAAUAGUCAAAACAACACUAGCGAGGGUUCGUUACGGCGCAUUGCUUACGUCGAACAGCCGACCUUCUACACGCCAGAAGAGGAAGAGCUGCUGACAGGCAAGCCGCCGCGAUCCUCCUCCUCCCUGCUGUCGAGCGCGCUCGAGUCCGGCGAGUAUUCGCUCGAGUCGGAGGACUACCUCGAGAGCAAGAUGUCCCCGCACGGUGAUCUGCUACUCGAGAAGGGGGCCUCCGACCAAUCGGCAACAAUGGCAACCGGACAGGCCGAGAAGCGUGAGCAUCUCUACAAAAUUCUCGUCAUCGGCGAACUCGGUACGGGUAAGACGUCCUUCAUCAAGCGGUAUGUACAUCAGUUCUUCAGCCAAAACUAUCGCGCCACUAUCGGAGUGGACUUUGCGCUCAAAGUGCUCAAUUGGGACCAGAACACUAUCAUCCGCCUCCAGCUGUGGGAUAUUGCCGGACAGGAACGGUUUGGUAACAUGACCCGUGUAUACUACAAGGAAGCAGUAGGUGCAUUCAUCGUUUUCGACGUCACACGCAGUGCCACAUUCGAUGCAGUGAUCAAGUGGAAAAACGAUCUCGACUCAAAAGUGCAGCUUCCCGAUGGCAAACCUAUUCCGUGCAUACUCUUAGCCAACAAGAGUGACCAACAGAAGCAGGGCAUCGUGACGACACCCGCGAAACUGGACGAAUACGUCAAGGAGCACGGGUUUGCCGGAUGGUUCGAAACAUCGGCGAAGGAGAACGUCAACAUUGAAGAAGCGGCCAAAUCGUUAGUUAAUAAGAUUUUAAUGAAUGACAAACUGUUAAACACGGGUGAGGUUAUCGAUUCAGAACGGUUCGGCUUAGUUGGAGCAAAGACGGACUCGAGCCAGAAAAAAUCCUGUUCUUGCUGACCAAACCCUAGACCUCAAGCAGCCUCGUGCCCCAACACACACUCACACAAGCGUCCAAGACCUUAUUUGUUUAUUACUGUGUGUUGUGGCGUGUCGUUUAUGUGUGUGUGCAUGUGUGACCGUUCUUCAGUUAUGCGAUCGUCUAUUAUUUGCUUACGUUUGUUUGUUUAAUUUUUAAUUGUUUUUUUUUAUCAUGUUUGACUUUCCAUUGUCCAAUCCCUUCUCCAUUCCUAACCUUACUUACAUUUUUUAUUACUUUGAUUACCACUAACUAUUAUACUACUCUAAAAUUGUACACUACUCCACAACUAUGAUCAUAAUCGCGUUGUUACUAAAAUACUAGACCAUUAACAGAACCAAAAGCAAGUAAUGUUCCCCCCUAACGCGACCAUUCAUCAACUUAUGUUGCACACGAUUCGUGAAGCUUUCGGCUUCGGACGCCUCAGAGCAGAUGUCUGCAAACGGACUGCAGCCAACAAGGAUCGACCAAGCCUAGCCACUUACAAUGGUACCCGCUGAAGGGUGAACCGGGAUGAAACCGAAACCAUCCACAGUGAAGAGAUUUACGGAAGCAGGAAUGAUGUUAUAAAACCUCUCCCCCAUCCACCGCACUCGGGGUGGGCGAUCGUUUGUUAUUGUUAAUGAUGAUAAAGAUCUUGUUGGCGUUUAAGAUGUAUGCCAUUGGCGAACAACUGCCAUUUUAAUCGAUGGUAAAUUAUUUUCACGUUGAUCGUAAUAAGAAAAAGGAAACAAAUUGUAGGCACACGUGUUCAACUAUUGAAAGUCUAGCCAUAAAAGUCCAACAGAAUUACCGCUUUAAAACUCAUGAAACAUGUUUCGGACUAAAGAAUCUGAAAAGAAAGAGGGAUAUGUUGUGCAGCAAGAAGCUCACCAUGGCUGGGGAUGGCUUCGCAAAUGCUCCGUUCACAUCAUGGCCUUUACCACGCUCAACAAAAACCCAUCGUCCAGCAGCCAACCGAAUCGACAUACAACGUAUAGGAGAAAGAACGCCACGAUCGGCUUAACUUAUUCGGGGAUAGUUCGUGUCGCGGCUAAUAUUGUGUGAGUAUCGUGUGCGUCCUGAUGCAGCUGAAAGGAUACCCGUACUAUAAAUCGAUAGGUUAGAGAACAAGAGAUAAAAUGUUUUAAA